CCGUCAUUCUUUAUUUGCCGACUAUAGAGGCACUUCUAUCCGCAAAAUAAUAUUUGUGAAAAUUUAAUUAGAAAUCUUUAAAAUUAUUUUAAUUUUAUAAAUGUGAAAUGCACUUCGGCCAAUACAGAAGAUAGUUAAAAUUAAGGUGAUAAUAGAAAUACGGUCCGGUUGUAGGAUUUCAAGUGAAGAAAUAAAUUUGAAGCAAAAAAAGAAUACCAACGUGACUGAAACGAGAUGAAACGUGAUUGAAGCGGCAACACACGCACUUUACACCGCGCCAGCUUGCUCAUUAAAAGUGAACCCCGUCAAGAAAAUAAAUUAGAACACCUUCAAUGCGAUGCGUGCUGAUGAUCAUUGCUUUUGUCCAUCGUUUACUUAUUCUGGCAUAGAAAAUAAUCUAUAAUUAACAAAAUAGAACCGUGUGUGCAAAAAUGAAAUGAUACAUAUAUAUUAGAUAUACAUAUGUAUGUAUAAAUAUGUUCUCCCCCCCAUCCCCAAAAAAAUGUGUAGAUAAAUAAAGAAGAUUUUUUUACAACUUAGUUUCUGAAUAACACCUGCAUUUAUUUGCCAAUUGGCUUAAAAUAUCUCUCAAGUGAAUGCAUAGUGCAAGUGAAAAAAUUUACUCCUUUGCCCAUUACCCAACCGAGACCGACCGACCGACCAAUCAACCAACCACCCACAAAAACCGGCACAGUGUGUGGUAUUUUAAAAAUUCCCGAAAGUUUAAAAAUACUAAUGUGAGUGCGGGUGUUUGUGUCGAGAUAAUGUUAGAGAUCAUUGCUUUACAGGUUAACAGACAGAGCGCCAAAAGAAAACGAAAGCAAUUCGUAUAAAAAAAGAAGAAAAUAACAACAAAAAAUCUUGGCUGUCCACAAAAAUAGUAGCUAACAAAAAGAAAAGGUGUGAAUAGUUUAAAAUUUCAAUUGUAGUGAAAUAGAAAAAAAGUUCGAGUAAUGACACAACACGUGCAAGAUCCAGCUGUGUUCGAGAGGCGUUUGCGACCCAUUUAUGAUAACUUGGAGGUUGGCAACAAUCGCAAAGCACUACAAGAAUCCGAAAAAGUCUUAAAGAAACAUCCAAAUCUAUUAUGCGCCAAAGCACUUAAAGGUCUGGCGCUAUUACGUCUGGGACGCUAUGAAGAGAGUCAUGGGUAUCUGCAGGCAGUCGCCGAUGAAAAGCCGGUGAACGAUGCCACACUGCAAGUGCUGUCAUUUUGCUAUAAGGAAUUGGAGCAAUUGGACAAAAUUGUGGAAAUCUACAAUUAUGCGGUCAAACAAUCACCCAACAACGAAGAACUCUUGGCACAUCUUUUCAUUUCGCAUGUGCGCAUGGAGGAUUUCAAAUCACAGCAAUCGGUUGCCCUACAAAUGUACAAAGCUCAACCCAAAAAUGCCUAUUAUUUUUGGGCCGUCAUGAGUGUGGUGCUACAGGGUAUUCGUGGUCCCGAACGAACCAACCCGGCUAAACGAAAGAUAUACCUAUCGUUGGCUCAGCGUAUGGUCGACAAAAUGAUACAAGAGAAUAAAUUAGAAUCGGAACAAGAGGCAUUCUUAUAUUUGCAUAUUUUACAAUUGCAAGAAAACUAUAAAGGAGCUUUGGAAUUUCUCAACGGCCCGGUGUGUGAAAAAGUCUAUCCUGGUGCACCGAUAUAUUUGAAAAUUAAUCUGUUGAAAUCGCUGAAAAUGUGGUCGGAAUGUAAUGAGCUGUUGAAGAAACUAUUGAAAGAAGACCAUGAUCGUUGGGAUUAUUAUAAGGAUUACAUAGGCACCUGUUUUGAGUUGUAUGACCUACAAAAAUCAGAAAACUCGGACGAAGGCACAGAUAAAGCAGAAUCUAUGAAGCCCCUUGAAGAAUGCCGAGAUUUUCUAACAGAGAUAAUUGAAACAUCAACGAAAAAGGUCAGAGGUCCUUAUUUGGCACGCCUCGAAUUGCACCAACGUUUGCGACAACAUAAUUUAGAUGCCAACACUUUUAUGGGAGAAUUCUGUGAUUUGGUUGUUAACUAUUUCCGUUUGUUUAGUGAUAAACCAUGCUGUACACACGAUAUCUCCUUGUUCUUGCCGGCCAUAUCUUUGGAAGAUAGAAAACAGCUGGCCAAUAAAUUGUUGGCGGAAAGUGGUAUUAGCUCUACAAAUUUACCAAAAGAUAAAGAAUCAAUGCAAAAACACAUUUGCGCCUUGCAAGUAUCCCGUAUUUGUGGUUCCCAUUUGGAUUUAGAUAUUGAACACCGUCUGGCCUUUUAUACAUCAUUGAAAUUGCAUUAUGAACAUGGCCUUAGUAAUUUUGGCAAAGAUUUACUACCCACAGAUAUGGGUCCCUCGGAUCCAUAUGCUCUAUUGGCAGCUAAUGUUAUGUACGACAUAAGUCAACAUGAACAAAAAUCCGAUCGUAUAUUUGAGGGUCUAUGCCUAUUGCAAUAUGUGUUGCGCAACCGUACCAGUAACUUCCACGUUAAAUUGUUAAGUCUCAAGAUUUUCCAUAUGUUGGGCUGUCUUCUGGGUGCCCAGGAAAUGUAUGAAUAUUUGGAAAUCAAACAAAUACAACUGGACUCAAUGGGUUAUGUACACUGUAACCCCAUGAUUUUGGCCGGACGUUUUUCUAUGGCCCGUUCGGUAUAUGAUACAACAUUGAAAUUCUUUACGAACAGCUAUAAAGAACGUCUCGAAUAUAUAGCGUUGACAUAUCGUUUUUGUACUUUCUCCAAAUUGGAAGAGUUUAUGAAUUUCAAGGAGCGCCUAACCAAUAGUUUUCAUUAUGUGGCAAUCUCUGUGGAGGCCCAACUUAGCGAUUUGGUUAUACUGUAUGGCAAUGUCCAACAAAAUCUCAAUACCUAUAUGAUAAUGUCCAUAGAUCCGGCCGAAGAUCGUAUAUCAUGGAAUGAGCUGAGGGAUAAUCGUGAUUUAACUGCCAUGAUACGUUGGGAUCCAGUGCAUUUGGUUGACACCGAACGCGAACGCAACGAAUCGUUUAAGCAAGAAGUGGAAAUAUUGCACAUACGCUCAUUGAUGUUACGUUUGGUGGCCUCGUUCGUUGAUCUAUUCCAUCCCAAUCUGAGUGUCAAAUAUUGUCGAGCAGCAGCAGCAGCCGGUCCCAACUUACAGGAACUGAAAGAUGCUCUGCCCGGUGGUGCCAAAGAUACUGCCAUUAUUGAAUCCUUGCGUGAUUCUUGGCUGGAGUUAUUCAAACGUCUGCGGGCGGCCGAUGAUUUGAACCCCUUGCCAAAUCGUUUCCUAGUCGAUUUAUUACCAACACGUUUGCAUUUACUUUUACAAAUGCCCUAUGAGAAAUUCUUUAGUGAUUUAGCACAAUUGGUCAUAGAAAUGUAUGUGGGCAAUAACAACUUACCGCUGCAAUGCAAAGUGGUAUCCGACAAUGCGGUAGAAGUGGUAAAUUGCAUUGAUGCCAUUAUUAAGGAAAGUAAUGCCGCCACCACAGAUGGUCUGUGGCGAAGGCGUGAAUGGCAGAGUAAAGUUGGUGCUUGUUUGGAGAUGAUAUCCCUCUAUGCCUUUGUGCUGCAAGCCAUCUAUGAGAAGCUACAGGUUUCCAUGAAAACCAAACAGAAAAGGAAACCCAAUGCCGACGGCACAGAACAAAUAAUGAAUGAAAAGGAACGCUGUCAACUGACUCUAGAGUUGAUGCGCCAAUUGAAAAUUGAAUUCCAACGUUGUGAUAAAUGUUUACUUAAUUGGAAUACUCCUGCACUGCCACGUAAUUUAAAUUCUUUUAUGGCCGAUAUGUCAUUGAAACCCGAAACGGAGGCAAUACUUAUUGGUGAUGUUGCAUCGACAUUCAAGGAAUCACACGAUUUUAUGAUAACCGAACUAAGAAAUCUGCUAAAGGACAAAAUACGCAUGGUUAGCAAGUAAAUGGCUGUGUCAGUUUAGUCAGUCAGAGCAUGUACAUGUGUGUACUGUUAGCUUAAGCGCCUUUAAAGCUAGUUUGGUCUAAUCUAAAUAAUUCACCGUCAUAAUAUUACUUUAUUCACAACACAACUAAUGUGUGUGUGCGUGUGUUAAACGUAUAACGUUUAUUUCCCUCGGUAUGAGGAGGGUACGUACCAAUAUGCUAACUGACAAUUUACCAACUUGAGCUGUUAUUGUGAAAUAAUAAUAAUAAUAAUCAUUUUUAAAACAUCAAGGAAAAAAACUUCUACAAUCAAUAUCCAUUCAUAUAUACUUAUAAAGAGAACAAGAAAAUAAAACAAGAAAUUUUUGCUGUGCAAAUUCACCUUUUUUCUAAUUUAAUUAUAUUUGUAUUCAAACCGAUAAAGACAUAAUUGUGCAAAUAGAAAAUCAUGAAGAAUAGUCGAAAUAAUAUCAUGGUUUACAAAAACAAAAAAAAAACAAAA